UCCUCGGCUCCGCCUCUUCACGCCGCACUUUACAGGAGCGCCUCAGCACCGCUCGCCCACCCGAAGCUCCGGCUUGGGAUGCUCAGCUGUGGAUGCGGCCACCCGGGCGAGGAAGGGACUUCAUUCUCAAAGAACGGUAAGCAACAUGCAUUUCUAUGAGUGAUGCAAAAUUGGCCUCUAUGACUGAGACUUCAAGGACUAUAUAAAUAUAGCAAAAUGGCUGUUUGAAGUUAUUCCCAGGAAGCAAGGAGUUGUGUGAAGAAUAUUGGAUCCCCAGCUAUUACACUGACUGAGGUUGGAAAUACUCAUCUCACUCGGGGAGAGGGGACGAUGAAUGAAAGUAAUCAACACCAGCGAGCAGGUAUAGGUAGGGGUUGCUGCGGAGUUGGAGCAAAGCAAGUGAAAGAGAAUAAUGAAACUUGUGAACUACCCUUACCUUUGGAUGAGCCAUGCCAAAUGGAGUCCCAGACACAAACUCAGCAACAGUUAUACUAUGGUUUGAGCACCCUGGAAAAUUUUGAUGAGAGGCCAGCUCCUUCAUUGACUUUGGUGACCAAUAUGAAGACCCAGUUACAUAUGGCAUUGGAAAGGAACUCUUGGCUGCAGAAGAGAAUUGAAGAUCUGGAAGAAGAACGAGAUUUUUUGCGCUGCCAGCUAGACAAAUUCAUCUCUUCAGCCCGCCUGGAUGCUGAUGAUCACUGCUGCAACAAACAACUGCCCCGGAGAUUGGAGAUAUUGGAGGGCCGAAAUGGGGACAUGACGGAUGAUGACAGCAUGGGCUCCUGCAUGGCCACCAGUCCUGAAGAAGGAGGUUCUGUGGAACACAAGAAACUCAAGGCAGGGUUAAACCGGCGACGCUUUGCCAAACCUAAAAUCCGGGAGAGGCAAAGAGUCAAGGAUGUGGAUGGAGUCCUCUGCCGGUAUAAGAAGAUCCUGUACACUUUUCAGAAGAUGCAAAGCAUGAGUCGGGCCUUUGAACACCAUCGGGUGGACCGUAACACUGUGGCCUUGACCACCCCCAUAGCAGAGCUCCUUAUUGUUGCUCCUGAAAAAUUGGCUGAAGUGGGUGAGUUUGACCCAUCUAAGGAGCGUCUGCUUGAAUAUUCCCGACGAUGUUUCAUGGCGCUAGACGAUGAGACACUCAAGAAAGUCCAGGCUCUCAAGAAAAGCAAGCUUCUACUGCCCAUCACUUACCGCUUCAAGACAAAAGCAGACUCUCCUGGCUCAGCUGCUGGCAACUCUGUCCCUUCUCCUGCUGCGCCACCCAAGCAACUUCUGCCAAUUGCUGAAUGCUACAAGCGAUGAAUCCUCUCCUGCAGUUACUGCUAGAACCUAUGUUGCCAGUCCUUUGAGCUCUUUCUCUGUACCUCCUGCCCCCUCCAUUACUCACCACUCUCACAGUGUUUCCUUGAGUUUUCCACCAUGAUGCAUAACAACUUCCCACCUUUUCCUAGGUUUAAAUACUGAAUGAAUCCACCAUUUCACAGGAAGGGCCAGUUUACAAAAAGGAUCUGGGAGUGGCUUCCUAGGAUUAUUACUUGACUAUAGAUCUGCUCAUCUAUGCUUCCCUCUUUAAAGGCUUCCCCACAGCUACAGGAUUGUUUUCAUUCUCCCUCCUUCCACCUGGGAGUUUGGCCAGAGGAUAAACAAUGGCAAAGGAGGAGUUGGCAGCCAUAAUAAGUCCCAUCCCACAAACAAUAACAUCAUGGAUAGAUUGAUUGGUUUUAAUUGUUGCACAAGUAACUUGAAACAACUAUGUUAGCAUUAGCAUUUAGACUUAUGUAUCCCCUCACAGUGUUUUACAGCCCUAAGUGGUUUACAGAGUCAGCAUAUUGCCCCCAACAAUCUGAGACCUCAUUUUACCAACCUCGGAAGCAGAGAUGGGUUUCAGCAGGUUCUGACCAGUUCUAAAGAACCGGUAGCGGGAAUUAUGAGUAGUUUGGAGAACCGGUAGUAAAAAUUCUGACUGGCCCCGCCACCAUCUAUUCUCUACCUCCCAAGUCCCAGCUGAUCAGAAGGAAAUGGGGAUUUUGCAGUAACUUUCCCCUGGAGUGGGGUGGGGAUGGAGAUUUUACAGUAUCCUUCCCCUGCCAUGCUCAGCAAACCACACCACACCACGCCCACCAAGCCACGCCCACAGAACCGGUAGUAAAAAAUUUUGAAAGCCACCACUGCUUGGAAGGAUGGAAGGCUGAGUCAACCUUGAGCCUGGUGAGAUUUGAACUGCCAAAUUGCAAGCAGGCAGCAGCAGUAGCCUGCAGUACUGCAUUCUAACCACUGUGGCUCUGUUAGUUUAUUAACUGAUGGCAAUUAUAGCCUUGCACAUAAAAUAUAAAGCCACACAUUUUUAAAAAUAAACUUCUGUCAUUUGGGGUAUAUCAAACAAAUUAUAUAACAAGAUGGUAAAUGUUUGCAAAAAUAUCUAUCAGCAGCAGUAUGUUCCCAACCUUGCUAGUUAGGCUGAUUUGGUUUUACCUUAAGGGCAACCACAUAAUUAAUAGGUUAAAUAACAGUAACCUGAGGGAGAACCUCAAUGAGAGCCAAAUUACUAUAACCAACAGAAGUUAUCCAUUUCUAAAGUGGAAGAGGGAAGAUAAAGUUGCAUGAUGCACUUUUGUAGUUUUACCUCUCCUUGCUUGAAAACCUUUUCUGUGUUUUCUGAGCUGUUAGCAGGUGCUACUGGUACUGUACUGGUUCCCUUUUUUGCCACUAUUGUGGUUAUCUUUAUUCCAUUUUCUCUAGUGUUGCUAUGAUUGGAAGAAUUGCAGAAUUGGGCUGCCUCUGCUUUCCUAUUGUCUCCCAAAGAUACUCACAUCCUGAGCCUCUACCACAUUUUUUACUUCAUAGUUUUGGAAGGUAUUGCUUAAACCUUUUCCCUAGCUAUUGUCCUAUUCCAAGCUCUCAACUGGUUUUUUCUGCUGGCAAUUUUAUACUUUUUUUUUGCUUCUCUCAGUAUGUUAGUGAGGAAGUGUAUUUGAAUGCAAGGACUUGAAUUAUAUGAUGCAUUCCUUGAGGACGCUUCCUUUUUAUUCAGUGUAAUUAGAAAACUGUUCCCACUGUGCCUGUAAUUUCUUUAUCUCCAAUGCUUUUUCUGUGUUAAAAAAAGAAACUAAAAAGAAAAUAUUAAGCAUUUUAUUAAAAUGCAAUUUAAAUUAAAGAGAACAUUUUGAUAUAA